CGAGUGCCUGUGUGUGUGUGUGUGUGUGUGUGCGUGUGUGUGUGUGGGGGGGGUUGUUUUUUUCUUACUGCUUCCAUCACACACACCUUAAGCUUUCUGUGCUGUGGACCUUCUCCUCUCUGAAUUACCCUGGUAUUUCCCUGAGAGGGAAGGGGGCAUUGGUCGGCCACUGGACACAUCUGGCCAUCCUACAUUGGAGCAAGCAGCAAACUGCUCUCUUCCCACCUCUUUCUCUUUGGACAUUUUUUAUAUAUAUUAUAUUUUCAUUUUAAUGCAUCUUGGAAAAUGAAAAUAGAAACUAUUUACCUGGGAACAGUGCAAAAGGUAUAAUUUAACGACAAUAAUUUAAAAAUAAUAUAAUAGGCUUUAUUCUAAUAUGCUCUGUGAGUUCUACAGGGAUUUAAGUCUUCGGUGGACAAGCCGAUGUUCCUCUGGGGUUUAAGUCAAAUUCAAAUUCAAAUAUACUUCAUUAGCUUGACAAUGUUGUAGGCUGUAGUUAGUUCACCAGGAGUGAGUAGACUGUCUCAUGUGACCUUGUACAUUGCAGUUGUACAGUAGGUUCCUUAGCUAGAGGCAGGGGCCAUUAUUAUUAUUUUUUUAAUCAUGAUAAGAAGAAGAAGAACAAGAACAAGAAGAAAGCACCAUUUCAAUAUGGGAGUUUACUCCCACUUACUGUCCCACUGGGCUGUGGCAUACCACCACAUACUGGGUAGCUGUUCUUUGUGUUCCUCUCCUCUAAAGGAUUGCUACUUAAGAAGCCCUUUAUCAAAGACUUGCAUGGGGGAGGGGAUUGUAUUAGGACAAAUGUCUAGGAUAUAUGACAGCUCUGUUUGAGCAAGCAGAAAGAUUUUUCAGUCCCAAUGUUUAGGAAUUUAGAAAGUACCUGACAGCAGUCCAUUCAAAUUUUAGAAAACUCCACAAGGGAGUUGGUCAGGCCUUUGUUGUCCUCCAUAAAUAACCAUGGAAUUCCUGUUUUGGGAUGGUCCCAAAAACUAGAACCCCACACCACAGAGCUGUUUUCACAAGAUAGUGAAUGUACAAACAAUAAAAUAAAAAAACUGGCCCCAAGGAUUAUGGUACAAUGUGUUGUUUGACCAUGAUCAGGCAAAACCAGUUUUUCACAAACUACAAGCAAACAGCACACAGCGUUUUUUUUAAUCUCAGUAUGUGUCUACUUUUUUCAUUGUAUUCUUCUACCAAAGACUUAUAACAAACUCCUCUCAUAUUUCAAACGGAAAUUUCUAUUUCAGGAAAAAAAUGAGUGUGCAUAUUUAUUUUAGGAAUAAAUCAUUUGAAUUAUUCCCAGGCCAAGCAGAGCUCCCAGCCAACAUUUAAACAAUGAAAAAUAUCAUGUAAGUUAUCCCGUGGGCUUGGCUUAUUAUUAUGCCUGAUGCAAGAUGGCCGGCAGGUAGGUUUGUUGAUCGCUUUCCCUGGAACUGCACACUGUGUUACUGUAGCAACAGCUCUGUGGCUCUGUUCCAUUGCUUCUCUGAGGCAUAUGUCUAGAGUCUGCGUAUGAUGAAUAUGUCUACUUCAUGUUAUUAUGCAAAGUGGCUUUCAUUCUAAAUGCUGCUGUGUGUGUGUGUUUUAAAAGAAAAAAGAAUGCUGUAUUUGGUUCUUGCAGCAUCUGAAGGUAUCAUCUACAUCAAAGCAAGCAGCCUUUAUUUAUGUUUCUGCUUCAUCAAGUGGGGUUGAUAAUUACCCUGUAAUGCAUCGGGCUUUCAUUUUUAUUCACAUAAAUUAUAGCUACUGCACUGGCUGAACCUAAGCUUUACAGAAUUAUUUGUUGUGAUGUUUCCCCCUUGUGGGUGAAAGUGAAAGUAGACAAGAGUAUUGCGACUCAGAAAUGUUGAUACUAGCAACAAAUCUUUAAAGCUUUCUCUCUCAGCUAAGGAAACAGAUUAAUGCUAUGGAUCAUGUAAGCUGUAUCGCUCAUCACUUUGGAUAAGAGAACCGGCUAAGUGAUUGUAAUUUAAUGCAGUAACCUGUCGACAGGUAGACACCACCAGCAAAUGAAAAACUCAGAAUCUCUAAUGUUACUGUAUUAGCAACUCUUUUUUGUUACAGGAUAUGAAGGUUUUAGUGAAUUUAGUGCACUUUUUAGUGCAUUACGUUCCAAUGAAUAGAAUGGAAAAAAAAACAUUUUUUAAUCUUUAAUAAUUCAACUGCCAUAUGCGAUGUGAAAGGCCUAGAGAAGAAUUCAGUAUCAGCACCUCCACUGUUACCCGGCAACCUCUGACCCUUUGACCUGUGUCAUUCUGUCCUGUUCACUCUUGUCUCUGAGGACCCCUGAGUGAGGCUGUCCUUCACUUUGCCUGUUUGAGAUCCCUGAUGAGCUCCCGUAUUGUAGGUAUUCAGUGAAGUGGACGAGGAGGACAGUAACAGUAGUUCAGCAUUCUGCCUGCAGGUGGAGCACGCUGGGAUCCGUACAUACUACUUCAGUUCUGAGGGUCCAGAGGAGCAGGAGGCCUGGCUGAAGGUUAUGAGUGACGCAGCCCGCAUGACCAUCACACCAGCUCAGAGGAACAAUAUGGAGAACAUCCCACCAACAGGACUGAACAAUGCCACAGCCACCAGGAGAGCAGAACCACAUCAGCGGGGGGAGGGUGACGGGCGGGGAACGGAGCUCCGGGAGGGCAAGAGGGGCGUCGGCAAGGCGGAGCAGGAACCACCUGCGUCGGCCCCAGCCUCGGACAUGGAUGGGCGGAGUGGGGAGAGGGGCAGGGAUAGAGGCGGAGCUCCCCAGCCCAACGGAUGGGGUGGCUACGGCGUCUACCAGCCCCAAGAGUCACGGGACCAGUGGGAGGCCCGGAUGCAGCGUGAAAAUGCGUACCUGCACAGGGGGUUCGCUCCUGCACCCCACCCAGUCUCUGACAGGGUGGUGCAGAGGCAGAACUCCAUGACACAGCUCCAGCAGUGGGUCAACCAGCGAAGGGGCGUGCCCGCACAAGAGGACCUGCAUAGCCCCUCUCAGUACUAUGCAGUAAAUCGGGGAGUCCCCUCAGACUGCUAUGGCGUUUAUGGGGGUCCUCGCUACGUUGAAGAUUAUGCCCUAUACACCCCGGGCGGCAUGCGCCCCGACAGCAUCUGCUCUGUUUCGGGGGGGUUUGACCGCCUCCCUCCCCACUGGACCGCGCCGGAAGACAAGCGGCGGUCUCUGCGGGAUGGGCCCCUGUACCCCCGGGUGUCCCCGUGGGGCCCCCCGCCCCACCCCCAGCACCCCGGGGGGUACUAUGGCCAGCUGGCACAGACACAGAGAGGCAUGCAGCGGUUGAGCAUGCAGCCUCGCUCGCGCUCCGUACCCCGAUCCCCCUCCUCUUCCUCCCCCCAGACACCCUACUCCCCCAUACGCUCCCCCAGCGCACGCUUCGAACGCGACCGCGACGACAUGAUCUACACUGACCCCUCUGUCUACGGCCUCAGGAGGUCUGUCAGCUCACCCAAGUAUGAAUUUCAUCGAGACAGCCAUUCUAUGAGCUCCGGACUGUACCAUUAUAACUACCCUGGCUCCCUCCAUGACAACAUGGAUGACAUGACACACCUGCAGCUACAGAGAAACCUGGACUACCUGGAGCAACAGCAGGUGGCACCAUUCCAUGAUGUCUACACAGACCUUCCCCCUGCGUUGGGUGAGAUAGAUAUCGAUAGCCUCUUGGGUCGCCUCUGUGAGCAGAACCGUCUCCUGAAGGAGCAGGAGGUUCUGGUCCAGCGGCUGCGAGUUGAAAAGGACAACCUGGAAGCCAGUCUGGUGGCCACCCACCAGGAGCUGGAGGUGUACCGUGGGCAGCCGGCGCUGGCCGAUAAGCUCCACCUGAAGAAGGAGACCCUGCAGAACCAACUCAUCAAUAUCCGAGGGGAGCUCUCUCAGGCUUCCAGUGCUUUGACUACCACAAGGAUGGAGUUUGAAGUGCUGGAGGACGAGGUGAACACCAUCCACGGUGACCUCUGGGAGCAGCUAAACGCUGGCGGGCAGAACGAGGUGGUCCACAGACACUUCCAGAAGGAGUUCUGGAAAAUUCAGGAUGUGCUGGAGGGCCUACACAAGAACAAUCCAUCCAGAGGCACUGACACAGCCACACACAGAGUGGCCAGCUUGGCUUCAGGUUCCUUCAGCACAAACAGUCCUGCCAGCCCCCUCAGCUCUACCAGCCUCACCAGUCCUCUCAGCCCCUUCUCGCCAGUCUCUGGGUCACAUGACUCGCCCCCCAAGCAGGUGGGCAUGGAGGAUAUCAGUCCCCCACGGCCCCCACUUCCCAAAUCCUACCUCCCACUGGAGUCCCCUCCCCCCUUCCCUCUAUCCACCUCUCACAUGAGCUUGGACAGGAGCUCCUGGCUCUGUCGCAUGGAGGAAGACUAUGAGGAAGAGGAAGAGGCCCGGCGCAGACAGUAUAAAUACACUGUCCACUCUGAUACCUCUUCGGGGGGUAGGACCAACAGCAGUGACCAGCAGAAGCCAGAGGAUGACAGGCAUGCCAGCACUAAUAAAGUUGGCAUUGUUCCACCCAGAACAAAGUCUCCCACAGGAGAGGAGACAAAGUCCAUCCCUCCCUCACAGCAAGGGGACAGCGCAUUGGCCAACGGACACAUUUCCAGGGGCCGCCCAAAGAGUGCUGUGUUCUCCGCGGAGGUUAAGUCCAAGAUGAGCGUGGAGGAGCAGAAUGCGAGGAUCCGCCGGAAUCAGAGCAACUCUGUGCGGGACAAGAGGCGGAGCCUCAACACAUCUGGCAGCCAGCAAGGCGACGCCUUCAGGCCCAGCUACAGGGUGGUGCGGCGGAGGCUGACGUCCCAUGAGGUGGAUAUCAAAGACCUGGAGGAGGCGGUGCGGGGGCAGGGGAUGGAGUCCCCUCGAGAGGAGAUCGCCCGGCUGCGGAGGCUGCAGAUCAAACCUGAGCACUCCAAAUCCAAAGUCAAGAAUGAGCUGCCAAGCACAGACAAGGUUCUGAUCCAGGAGAGGUAUGUGGAGGAGGAGCCAGAUACACCACUUAGCCCAGAGGAGGUUCUGGAGAAGCAGAAAAAAGUGGAGAGAAUCAAGACCCUGAUCGCCAAAUCAAAUCUGCAGAACAUGGUUCCCUUGCUAGACGGACCUGCGGAGCGGCAGGGAGACCCAGAUCAGCAGCUACAGGAGCAGGAGAAAAGGAUCGAGAUCUCCUGCGCACUGGCAGCUGAGGCCUCCCGGCGCAGCCGCCUGCUGUCAGUUUCUCAUCAACCCUCAUCAUCAUCCUAUUUCAUUCUAGCUCAGUCCGCCCCCAGCACCCCCACCGCCGUGACCAACCUGACCCCUUCCCCUUCCGCAGAACUUUCUGACUCCUCCCACUUCAUCAAGGUCUGACUCCACGCAGCCCAGGCUCUUGCUGCGGUCAAGUUUAAUGGAGCAACUUUCUGAGCAAUCGUUGAAGAAAAGAAGAAAAAAGAUAUAAGAUUUUUUUCCUUUUCCCCCAUAAAGUAUAUUUUUCCAUUCAGUUAUUUUUGCAACCGUGAAAGAGGAUAUAUUUAGCAAGAAAUUUAAAAACCAAAUAAAAAAAGCAAAGAUUCUUAUCAGUAUGCAGCUUUGUCCUGCCUAAAUCCGAAACAGAUUUCUGCCACUGUGGAUGAGGGAGGAAUGGAAGUGCCAGCCUCCGCACAGCAAGGGGAGCCGCUCCAGUGAGCACAGUUUUACACCCCUCCUACUGUUGAGUCACUGCUUGGAGAAGCAAAGAAUCUCUGCUUCAGGAAUAAAGAUAGUAUUUUACAAAGCCUAAAACCAGAGGUGGACAGGCUCACCACAGCCUGCUUUUCUUCAGCAGGAGCAGUGCUGACCAAGUGAGGAGUAUUGGCUGGAGUCUCAAAGACAUUUCUGAACUUCUUGAGGUUAUGGAGGGAAAUUUUCCAUUUUUGUGACUUUUUGGGUUACCUGGUAGAACUGAUCAGAACUCAGAACUAUAGCCCAACUUUGUGUAAGUGAUGAGCAUUCUUCCCUCUGUGUCCUUGGGUUCAUGUCUGGAACUGUGAAAGUGCUUUAAUGGAAAAUAUUUAACUGGACUGGUUCUCCUCUGACCCUGGGCCCUUGCAUUUUCAGCCAUGGAAGCAAGAGGCUGGUAUAGAUUUUAAAACAUCUGCAUGACCUCUCACUUCCUGCACUUGUGGCCCCUCCCCUCAUGACCAAAAAAAAGGAGUGUUCUUCUUGUGAACAGUUGAUAGUUUCACAUUAUAUGGUGUUUGUUAACCCUUCCAGUCUCAUUAUAUUAUCCUGGUUUGGGCUUUUAAAAACCUAAACCAGCAUAAUAACUGCCAAGGCCUUGAAUUUAUUGGGACAUUUCCCCUCUUUGUCCUUUCCACUGUAAGGAAUAUAACUGUGUCAUCAUAACAGAUCUUCAUCUCUGUAUCUACCCAGCACAUUGCUGUUUCUGCUGUUUCUGGUUUACUUACAGCAACAAAAAAAAUUGUUUUCUCACAAUUUGGAAUGACUUCAUUAAAGGUUUUACCCAAGUGAU